UAAACUAAGCUAGUGGCGCUCGUCAGAGUGUGCGUUCUGCACUUUGGCCACAAUGGCGGCUCUUUUGGAAUGCUUUCUGCAGAAGAAAGUAGACAUUCAGGCAGGCUUGAAGUGGUUAAAAAACGCAGAGGACCAUGAAAGCCCAUCAUUUGGUGAACCUGAGGUAACAGUACACAGACAAGAGUUUGUCCCCUUUCUCUUAAAUUUCCUGAGAGACCAGAGCAGUCAGGCUCUCACUCACGGUCCGACUACACCUGCCAAGACCCCCAGCCGACCCAAACCCGCAGCACAGACCCAGCGCUUCGGUGAGCGCCGAGGGUACCGCUCUGCAGAAGGGGGGACGGGUUCCCGUAGUGGCAGCAGGGUCCAGCUGUUUUCUCCUGUCCAAUCGGUGUCCCCGGGAAGUGAGUCGGACGCUGCCAGUCAGUCUGGAUCUGACAGUCUGAGUGGUGUCAGUUCCUUCAGUAGCCCCUCAGGGUGGAGCCCCGCCUGGUCCUCCAGGCCCUUAGGUUUCGAGCGCAGGCUCGGCCAGAAGAUCAUUUUGGGGGACUACCUGGUUUCCCCUCCAGAAACUCAACACAGCCUGACCUCUGUGUCACAGAAAGGCCGCAGGAAGGGUGGAGCUAUGGUGGCUGGUGCACAAGGGAGAUAUGGAGGUGGACGUGGAGGACAACACAGUGAGGAGAACGUGCGGAUGGAGAGCGGAGGAAGGCGAGCUGGUAGAGGAGCAGGGUACAGCAGGAUGAACGAGCAGGUUUCUCCUCCAUCUGCGACUCCACUUAAUUUGAAUAACUUAGAGGACUUCCCCCCUGUUGGGUCUUCACUCAUCACACCAGUGGCAGUCAAACCGUCAAGAAGAAUAAACCCAACACCAGUCAGCUCAGAGCGGCCACAUUGCAAACCAAAGACCUGCUUCACGUCCACGCCUUUCAGUAAGAUGUCUAGCCGCCCGUUACUGGUUGAUAAAUUGGAAGCGUUCCAAACAAUGGUCAGUUUUCUAAGCCUGCAGGAGGAGGAGGAUCAAAAACUACAGAUGAAAAAGACUAAGCAUGCCCAACAGGUCUCCUCUACGCCAUCGUCAUGUCUGGAACCUUGCACCCCAACGAAGUCAGGAUCCACAACAGGAUCAAAGGUUACCCCAGACAUGCAGCCAAUCUGUCCAGAGCCUUCCAAAGUCACUUUCACCUUUGAACUCGAUGUCUUGGCAAAGCUCUAUUGUACUUGCAUUGUUGAAAACCUGGUGCCAAACAUUUUUCUGGAGCUUUUUUUUGUGAUGCAGUUGUUAACAUCUUGGUCCCCUCACAUUCACGGCAUUGAUGAAGAAACCUUGUGCGCUGUGAAUUCAGAUGUUCUAGAGAGAGGUUACCUGAGACAUGUACACAACUGUGUGUAUUUUGCAGUGAAGGUUUUGGAGGAUCAGUUUCACUUGCUGGCUCAUUUGGACAAGUGCACCUUGCGUCUGCUAUCGGAGAAUGAAAGAGUGGCAGCUUUCUCUCCGUGGCUUCGAGACCGCCUGACUGAAGCCCAGGAAAGGAGCACAGCCAAGGUUUCUCUAUCAGGUUCCACUUUUAUCCACUCGGUACCCUUCCAACCUGAUACAGACAAUAGGUCCAACUUCAGCAGCGACAAGGCUUUCCACACGUUUAAGAAACAGAGAGAUGUUUUUUAUGAGCUUCUACGAGAGUGGGAGGACUGUCACAAGGAACCAGGAUGGGUCUUUGAGAUUGCUUUGGGGAACAGGAUCAGAAUAAUGAUGAGUCAGCUAACCUCUGCAGGAAACCAUUCACAUUUUGCCCGCCUCUUCCUGAAGCAGCUUGUUCAGAUGUGUAAAGACCCCCGUGGCAACAGCUAUCCCAGGGAGACCCAUGAUGCUGACCUGCUGGGCAUGUUGGGAGCUGAAAGCCUGGGGCGCCUAAAGCGUCUUGAAGAGCGUCUCAUUCAGCCUCAAAGAGUGGGUGGUCCCUGCCCUCCCCCAUCAUUUCCAGGCCACCAAGAGUUCUUCAGGGACUUCCUGCAGGCAGCAAGCUGCUGCCAGCUGAACCAGCACCUGCAGGAUAGUCUGUGUCAGCAACUCCUCCAGCUUGAUGAUGUUUCCAUCCAGAGCCCAGUGGCUUCUAUUGGGGAAGAGGAGGGAGAUGGAGACAUGGAGCAGCAGGAUGAGAAGCAGCGGUUCUCCUCAGUGCUGCUUCUGGCUCGACUUCUGGCCAAAUUUGUGGGAUUUAUUUCCUUUCUGCCUUACCAAACAUCUGACAAACCAUCAAAGGAGGUGCAGGAGACGGCUAUAACCCUUCGCAGCAAGAGUGUUCCAGUGCUUGAUGUGUGUGCUGUGCUAAAUGACAGUAUCAGGAGGAGACGUACCAUCCUUACUGUGCCAUGGUUGGUGGAGUUCCUCUCCAUGUUGGACUUUGUUGGUCCUGUGUUGCUCUGCUACAGGACUGCAUUAGGCACACUGCUUCUCCUGUACAGGAAAAUGUUGCUGGGCAGAUCUGGAGAGAUGAGUUACCUAAACAAAUUGCUGAUCAUGGCUGUGUUGGGUUGGCUUUUCCAGAUCCCAGUAAUUCCUGAGGACAUUUUCUUCACUAAUGAGUUUACUGAGGUGGCUAAACUGGAUGACAGACACACAGCUGCUGUUGGACUUGACUGUAUUCCCCUGGUGGAUCAGCAGCUUCUCUAUGUGUGCUGUCCAUUUCUUGAUGAGUUUCGUAAGCUCCUAGCAGCUUUUGUGUCUGGAAGCACAGCUAAGAGUGGAGGAAUUAUUCGCAAGAUCACUCCCACUUCUGCUGAACUCAAAGAUGUGUCAAGGUCCAACAGGUUACAGCAGAAAUUACAGGUGGACCUUGAGCAAGCCUUCUUUCAUAACCAGCCCCCAUCCUUGCGCCGCACAGUGGAGUUUGUUGCAGAGAGGAUUGGAUCCAACUCCGUCAAACAUAUGAAGGCUACAUUCGUGAAUGAGUUGGUGGACAGAGGUGAGAAGAUGCUGAGAGAAGGACUGGAGUCUCCACAUGCCAAUCCUUCAAACCUCUGUGAGUCCAUCUGUGCUCAGCUGUGUGUCACGGGCAUGGAAGCCCUGAGUAGAGCUACCAGAUUUUGCAGUGAGAAGAGUCCUGAAGCUAUACAAGUUUUGCUGCCUCAUGAGACAUCUCCUGCUGUCCUGACUACAUCUGAAAACAUUGCAACACGUCUCGCAACAGAAAAGGCCUGCAGCUGGCUCUCUGCAAAUAUUACAGCACUAAUACGGCGAGAGUGGAAAAGCAGGUUUGACCGUGUGACGAAGACUUUGUCUUGUCUGGUUGCACCAGACUCUAGAGAUGUAGAGGGAACUGAAGAGGAGCUGAUCAACCAGGAACCAUCCACGAUCCCCAAAAGAAAACAUGGAAGCAAAAGAGUGACAUCUUGCCCUCCACACUGCAGCCACAGUGCUUCUCUCCCCUCUGACGUCCUCAAUGCAAUGAAGGAGGUGUUGAGCAUUGCAGUCGGCCCCAGAACCGAAGACGAGCUGCCAACUGUCACUCAGCUCAAAACGCUGCUGCACAGAGUGGGUGACACACUGACCUGCAGAAAGUUCUUAACUGUGACGUCAGAGCAGAUGCUACAGACCUCCACCGUGCUCCUGGCCUGUAAGCUGGUGUCUGCAGAGCUGCCAGUGCGCUCUAUGUCGGCGUGCGGUGGAGCUGGUGCACUGAGCCCAACUCCUGGGUCGGUGUCCGAGGAUCCUGUCCGAGCGGUGCUGGAGCAGCUUACUGAGCUGUGGCAGAUGAGCUGCUGUUCUCCUGCACCUCUCCACCUGCUCUUCAGCCCACUCACAGUCACCGCCGUGCUGAGGGCCACAGACAUGGAGUCAAGCAACUACCUGUUCCUCAUCAGAAAUCUGGUUCAUAAAGGAGUCCUGGGUGAAGAAAUAGCGAUGUUAAUGGAAGAAACUCUCAAACCUGGAUUUGCCACUGAAGUUCUCAAAGCUGCAAGUGCAGCCACACUGAUGUGCAGGUUUUACUCCAAGCAGUAGGGGGCGCUACAUGACAAGCAUAAGGAUACACUUGAAGCCUGUUUUGUGGGAGGUCUGUGCUUCAUGUCAGUGUGUUGCUGAUUGAAGAAAUUGAUUUUUUUUUUUUUUAAUGUAAAAACAGGCCUUCUCAGAGUCCUCUCCUUUUUCCUUUGCAAAUGUGCUGAUGAUGUCACAAAGCCCUGCCAGACAGGAUUAAAGGCUAACAGUCUCACUUAUGAGACCUGUGAAAACUUCUGAAAGCAAACACUGAACAAAAGGAAUGAACAAAAUACUGCAAAUUUCUAAUGCUGUCAAGUUAUUAGAAAACACACAAUCAGAAAAUCCGGAGCAUUUUUGCAAAAAAAAAAAAAAAAAAGUUUCACCAUUUCUUAACUGUCCAUUUUACCCUCAGAAGUUCGAAAACAGUCACUGUUGUUAAAAACACAUUUUUGUAAAUUGUAUCAAAGCAUUUGAUGCCAUCAGAGAAUACAUAUAAGUAUUUUUAGUGUAGCAGCACCUUUCACACUGAGCCUUUGACCGCCAUCACUAGUGACUGCAUGACUAUUUCAUGAAUGCAAAAAGUGCAUUUGUGAUUGUUUUUGUUCAUGUUGAACGAGCAUUCUUUUCUGUGCUGCUUUUUAAAUCAAACUUUUUUAUGUUGCCACAAAGCAAAAUAUAGUAAUAAAGAUAUAUUCUUAAGUGAU